AGAGAUGGGUGAUUACAAGUUUCUUAAGAUAAAGGACGCCAUUACUUGCAUUAACCAGAAAGUUGCCGCCAUUGCCGACCUCAGUCCGCCCCAUAGAACCAAAGGCAUCUAUUAUAUCUGUAAGCUGAAAAUAAUUGACGAGUCACAUGAGUUCAGGAUUCCCGUGCAUUUAUUUGCUCAACAAAUAGAUGAUCUUCCUCUUGCUGCGUCUGUUGGAGACAUUAUUCACCUUUCACGUGUCAAGGUAUGCUCUGAUAUCCAAAGUGUAUUUUCUGCCCCCUUAAUAUUGCUUAGUUCAUAUUUCAACUUUUUUUUUAACUAUACUUUGUUGAAACUCUUAACACUUGCGAUAUUUCAGUUUGUUAUCCUAUCCUGUCUAUGCAUGGAGAAGAUUAGGCUGGAAGAUGAAGUGCAUAAUCCACUUCCUCUACAUUUUGAACCGUUGCCAACAUCAAGAGAUGUGCUAUCUACAUUUCCUACUGCUGGAACCAUCUUAAGAAUGCGACUUGAUGUGAACUGCAGAACGGAUAUCCUUCAGUUGCUGAAAAUUGGUCAGCGGAGGUUAACUGCAAUGAUGCGCCAUUUGUUACAUUGA